GGGGCCUGGCGCUGCCGCUGAGCCGGGCCGCGGGCGGGCCAGAGGGGGGGCCGCAGGCGCCCAGCUGAGCGGAGCGGAGCGGAGCGGAGCUGCGGGGCGAGGCUGGCCGUGACCCCUCCGGCCCUCCCUCCCUCCCUGCCGGGCCAUGGAGCGGCGGGGGGCCUGGCGGCCGCGCGCACCCGCGCCCGCGCCCGCCGCGCUCUGGACGGCCGUCUUCGACUACGAGGCGGCGGGCGCAGAGGAGCUGUCGCUGCGGCGCGGGGACGUGGUGGAGGUGCUGUCGCAGGACGCGCGGGUGUCGGGCGACGAGGGCUGGUGGGCCGGGCAGCUGCAGGGCCGGGUGGGCGUCUUCCCCAGCAACUACGUGGCCAGCCGGCCGCCCCCGCCCGAGAUCCCCUUCGGCGAGCUGCGCCUGGAGGAGCUGAUCGGCGCCGGCGGCUUCGGGAAGGUGUACCGGGGCGUGUGGCGGGGCCAGGAGGUGGCGGUGAAGGCCGCCCGCCAGGAGCCCGAGCAGGACCCGGCCGCCGCGGCCGAGAGCGUGCGCCAGGAGGCGCGGCUCUUCGCCAUGCUGCGCCACCCCAACAUCAUCGCGCUCAAGGCCGUCUGCCUGCGCCCGCCCGCCCUCUGCCUGGUGAUGGAGUACGCCCGCGGCGGGCCGCUCAGCCGGGCGCUGGCUGGCAGGAAGGUGCCGCCCCACGUGCUGGUCAACUGGGCCGUGCAGGUCGCCCGCGGCAUGCGCUACCUGCACAGCGAGGCCCCCGUGCCCGUCAUCCACCGGGACCUCAAGUCCAUCAACGUCCUGAUCCUGGAGCGCCUGGAGAGCGACGACCUGAGCGGGAGGACCCUCAAAAUCACGGACUUCGGACUGGCGCGGGAGUGGCACCGAACCACCCAGAUGAGUGCAGCAGGCACCUAUGCCUGGAUGGCCCCAGAAGUCAUCAAGCUCUCCCUCUUCUCCAAGAGCAGCGAUGUCUGGAGCUUUGGAGUGCUGCUCUGGGAGCUGCUGACUGGAGAGGUCCCCUACCGUGAGAUCGAUGCUCUUGCUGUAGCUUACGGCGUGGCGAUGAACAAGCUGAGGCUGCCCAUCCCCUCCACCUGUCCUGAACCCUUCGCCCGCCUGCUGGAGGAGUGCUGGAGGCCAGACCCCCACGCCCGGCCCGCCUUUGACUCCAUCCUGCAGCAGCUGCGGGAGACUGAGCAGUCAGCCCUGUUUCAGAUGCCCCUGGAAUCGUUCCACUCCUUGCAGCAGGACUGGAAGGUGGAGAUUGCUGGCAUGUUCCAAGAGCUGCGCACCAAGGAGAAAGAGCUGCGAAGCCGUGAGGAAGAAUUGCUGCGCGCAGCCCACGAGCGGAAGACUCAGGAGGCGGAGCUGCGCCGUCGCGAGCAAGAGUUGGCGGAGCGCGAAAUAGACAUCGUAGAGCGGGAGCUGAACCUCAUCAUGACCCAAAUGGGGCAGGAGAAGCCCCGAGUGAAGAAGCGGAGAGGGCACUUCCGCUGCUCUCGCCUGAAGCUGCGGGACGGGAACGGCAUCAGUCUCCCCUCGGGGUUUGAGCACAAGAUCACAGUACAGGCCUCACCCACACUGGACCGGCGGAAGGGGCUGGGGGACAAUGGAGCCAGCCCCCCGGGGAGCCCCGUCAUCAUUCCCCGCCUGCGUGCCAUCCGCUUGACCCCCUUGGAUGGAAGCCAGACAUGGGGCCGCAGCUGUUUGACCAAGGAGGAGGAGCUGGUGGGGACCAAAAAGAAGGGGCGGACUUGGGGGCCCAGUUCCACCCUCCAGAAGGAGAGAGUCGGUGGGGAGGAGAGGCUGAAGUCCCUGGCGGAGGGGAGCAAGCAGUGGUCCUCUAGUGCACCCAACCUGGGCAAGUCUGCCAAGCAUGUGCCCCUGGCUGUGGGCUUUGCCAGCUUAACAGAGAUGGAGGAGUAUGCAGAGAACAGCCCCUCUCAUUCCCCAUUCUUCCCCUGCUCUCCAGUGGGGGUGGAGGCCCGUGUCCACCUGCAGCCACCGCCACCGCCAAGUUCAGAGGGAUCCAAGCGAGGACUGGGGCCACCGCAUCGGCGCAGUGAGCUGGUUCUGCUCGGCUGUGCCUCCAUCUUGGCAUCCAUUGCGCUGGGUGCAGACCUGGCAGAGCUGGCUGGGGAGGGCCUCAGGGCCCCUCUGGGGCCCUCCAGCUCCAUCACCCUCCUGUCCCUUUCAUCCCUCUCGGAUUGCAACUCCACCAAGUCGCUGCUGCCCUCGGACAGCGAUGAGGCUCCCGUCUAUGAAGCCCCCUGCCCCCCAGAGCCUGAGAGCCCCUCCUUGUCUGCUGCUCACCAUAACCCCCUGGUGGAUAUCUCCAUUGAGAGCUUCAAGAAGGAUCCUCGCCAGUCGCUCACACCCACUCAUGUCAGCGCCACGCAGGCGGUCAGCCGAGGACACAGGCGAACACCCUCCGAUGGGGCUCUCCGCCAGGCUGGCAAUCAGGAUGCCCAGGAAGCCCUGCUCUUUCCACGCCUGCUGGAUCCCCCGUCCCUCUGCUCAGGCCAGGACCACCACAAGGCCUCAGAGCAGCCUGCCCCAGCUGUGAUGCUUGUGGAGCGCCCUCGGACUCUUGCCUUUGCCCCCCGGCCCCGCCCAGCUCCAGGCCGAUCCCGCAUUGACCCCUGGAGACUCGCCUCCUUUGACCGGACUCAGGAGGAGGCCACCAAGGAUAAUCCGGGGUGCUGCCAGACUCUUCUGGAUAUGGACAUGGAUGGACAGAACCGGGACAGAACCGUUCCCUUGUGUGGAAGGCAAACCUCCUGCUGUGGCCUGGAGCCAGACCCAUCACACUAACCCUCCACCUCCCAAAAGAAGGGCAGGUGGCAGUUACCUGGUCUCAGGAUCCUUUAUGAGAAAGGUGCAGGGGGCUGUAUUUAUUGACUCCAGCAUCCCCACACCCCCAAGAUUGGUUGUACACUACAUUUCCAAGCCGUGUGAUUGGUGAACCAGCAGGGGACAUGAGCCUCGCCUGGUGUCUCUGUGUGAGUGCCUGUGCGCAGGCAGGGCACGGGGGCAGGGGGGGAGGACUCCUGCUGGACUGUAAUGGUGUGAGCCAAGCAUCUCUGGUUCUGGGUCUGUUUUUUAUUUUUAAAUUGUCUUG